CUCUUUUGGGGUCAGCCAUUUGAGUCAGGAUUUGUGUCGUUUUUCUUGUUUUCGACAUAUUCCGGAGGAAAAAUGCCUCCCAAGAAAAAGAAAUCAGGCAAAAAGAAACUUGCAAAGAUGACUGAGGAAGAGAGGCUUCUAUAUAUGGAGCAGAAAAGAUUGGCAGAAGAAGAAAUGAAGAAGAAAAAGGAGGACAUGUUGACACAAUUUUUGAAGGUAAAUCGCACAAUACCUUGUAUUUUUUAUUCAACCUCUACAUAAGUUCGCGAAACUCAGUGGCAGUUAUAUUACCAGGAUCUCAUAUUUUGCAAUGACUUGAAGCAGUCGCAAAGUUAAUCAUGACAGACUGGAUGAUGCUGCAAAUUUCAACCUUGCAAAUUGCCAACCGUACCGAUCUUUCAAAUACAUAUUUUGAAGAAGUUUUAAAAACUUAAGUGGAGUUUACAUAAUUUGCUCACGCUUUCGCUCAUCUCCGGAGCGUGUAUCACUGAAUUAAAUUGUAUAUUACUCUUUAUGAUAAAUAGGAUUCCGAGCAGUUUACUUGCCUCUCAUGAAAUAGCUUCCCCCCUCUCCCUCUCCAUCUCCCUCUCCCCUCUCCUCCUCCCCCUCAUCUCCACUUUGUUCUUUUGAGUCUUGCAUUGUGAUUGGUAUAUCAGUUCACAGGACCCCUUAAUGGAAAUGUCAGUCACUGCCACGGACAACAGUCUUUGACUCUUGACUAACCUGAAAACCAUUACUUCUACAUUGAAAUAAUUUACUUUUAAUUGAGAGAUAAUUUGGUUUUCUAUCAACUAACCCUAACCACAAACAGCCUGCAAUUCCUCUACUUGCUCUAGUAAAGUUCUAAUGCUAAAAAAGUCAGCUUAAGAAACUCUUAAGCUAAAUUGUCUCUUAAAACCCCCCCAUCAUCCAGCACCACAGUUUCCUCAGAAACUUAAGCCCCCCCUACAUUUAAUUUUCAUGUAGUUCACUUUGUUUGAUAUUCCCUUACUGGUUCUACACUGUGAACAAUGUCUGAUAGUGGAAUUUUCUUUUGUUGUUAUGCUAGGAUAAACUGAUUAAGGAAGAAAAGAGCACAAAAUUCAAUCUGAACAAACUACAAAACCAAUGGAGAGUUAUCAUGAGAGAAGGUAUGAAUCAGUCAUUAUGACACCUUAAUCAAGAUAUCUAAGGGAAUAAAAUAUUUAGUGAGAAUGAUACAGUAACAAGGAUGGGUCAAAACUUUCUAAUGAACAUUUCUAAUAUGUACUUAUCUACCCAGUGAUAAGGAUGGAUAGGAAAAUAUUUCAUUCAAGGUCAUAAUGUACAGACCAAGUACGUGACCAAGAGACAUAUUUUCCUGUUGUACCUAAACAAACUCAGUCUACAGGCAUCUUAUCAUGUGACCACUUUUUGUUGAAGAUUUCAACAAAUUUUUUUAACAAUUUUUUUGUCAAUAGACUGUUGUUGAAAUAGGACAUGUUAAGAAACUCAUAUCAAUCCAAGAUUUCAACAAAUUUUUGCAAUUUAAAUAGGACAUGUUAAGAAACUCAUAAUUGUAUGAAAAGCACAACUUAUUUUCUUGUUUCAAUGUUAGGUUUUUUUUUUUGCAAUGAAGCCCCACAAGGGCAGAGCUAGAAGACAGCUUUAUGCAGACUGGAUAACAUGCAGGACUGGACUGGUCAUAUGGUCAUAAAUUUCAUUUUGUUGCAUAUUUACUAAGGAUGCAAAACAUCUCAGUAGGAUCGAUGGGAAUUCUCGUCAUGCUCCUAGCGAUAUACUAAGAUUCCAUUCAUUUUAAUGAAGUGACAGUUAUUCAUCAGUUAUAAUGAUGUCACUGGUUAUUUCCUUUUAUUAAGCAGGUGUAUAUGUAUACUAGAUAAAAAAAAGUCACUUUGAGAAUGUACAAUUUAAAUCAUCUUUAUUUUGACAAUUUUGUUAAGUCUACAUAUUAUCAUUUCUUUUUCAGCCAAAUCACAGGAAUUGAAAAAGGAUAUAGAGAUUCUGAGUCAGACUUUUGAACGAGUGAUAGAUAGGAAGGAAGCAAUAAUCAAGUCUUUAGUAAAAGAUAUUGAAGAAGCUGAGGAACAAUACCAGAUGGCCCUCAGAAGUCACUUGCAAAAUGUUGAUAGGCUUAUAGGUAAUCUUUUAACUGUAAGAUUUGAUAGAAUAAUUUUCUAUUAGAUCUCAAAAGUAACUAGUGUUUUAAACACAAGAGGUUAAAGAAAUUUUCAGAUGAGUAGAGAAAUAUUCUUUUACCUGUUGAAUUUUUAAGAGAUUGCAGGAAUAAGAGGUGCUACAGGCAGUAAAUUUUACCAGUUACUACCGAGGAUUGCAUUAGUUUUGGUAACAUGUGCGUUGCUCUCAGAUUGGUUCAGAAAAUUUGUGCCAACUCCUCAACCAAUCAGAUAUAAAACUAAAACAAUCAUAACUUAGUAUUUUGCAUUUUCCCAUGCAUUAGGCAUUUUGCUUGUUUUUACCUCAGGCUUUGAUUGGCUCUUCGUGAUAUUUCCCCCAACUUUGAUUGGCUAUUGCUUUGGGUUAAAGACACCACUGAUCUGAAAAGGGCUCACAUUCUUUUGUGAGGGGGAUUUGCCUAAUGCACUGAUUUGCCUGUUUAGAUUUGUAGACUGAAUUAACAUUUGGUUAUCAAUUUUCUGCAUGUGUAGACUUGCAACAGAGAAGGUUAGAAGAAGCUCAAUCUGAGUAUGAUCAAGAGCAAGAGAUCCUUAAAGAAGAAUUUGAUACAGAAAGGUGAGUUAAUUAAGAAAUGAUGACUGUUGAUAAGAAUUUCACCUAACUUGCAUGCAACACUGUAACUAAAGCAUGAAAUUAAACUGAUUUGUUGUGCCAAAAAUAAGAUGGACUGUAUAUCAAAUCUUUGAGACUUAAAGCACAAGUUUAAGGUUGGAUAAAAGUUUGUUAGACCCACAAGAUACAAUUUAACAGUCUAUUUUUAUUAUAGCCAUUUCAUUCUCUGUCUUUUACUUGUUUUAAUCAUAACUAUUUCAAUUUCCUCAAAUGUGAUUGGUGCAUUAGCUGCUUUAUUUUUCACUAAUUGUGCUAUAGAGUCAUCGGAUAGUUGACUGUAAUUAAACCCUUUAAUUUGACAUUUAAGUCCAGGGCGUGAAAUUUCACCUAAUACAGGCGCCAAUACGACUAAAUUUUUCACUUUGGCGACCAAAUCCUGAAAAUUAGUUGCCAAAUUGGCGACUAGAAUGUUUCGUCAUAACCUCACUUAGCGAUAUAGUGAAUUAAAAAGAUUUGCAAAGAUAAAUCUGCAACAAACUUCCUCGUCAAGUUUGUUUCCAAAACGCAGCACAUGCGUCUCAAUCGAUAACUAGAUGCCAUCUUAGAUUUAGGUGAGCUUGAACGUUGCAUAUCGUUCAUCCUAGUGUCCACUUUGUAGCACGUUAAAGAUCUUUUCCCUAACACAAUUUCUAGCACGAUGACAGCGUAAAAAAAGGUUUUGUUUGUCUUUGAAAAUGGUGACCAACUUUUUUUUAAUUGGCUACCACUUUGAAGAAUUUAGGAGCCAAUUGGCUAUCAGAAAAAAAAAAUUAAUUUCACGCCCUGAAGUCAGCCAAUCAUACAUGUACUAGGUCCACUCAGCUUAAUCCACCAACCACAGUAUUGAUUACAAUAACCAUAGCAACAACCACUUAACCUACAAAACUGAGGAAUUUUCUAAAAUGGAGGAGUUUUUGCUUUCAACAGUGUCUUCAUCUGAUAUAUUUCCUCAACUGUUUUUGUUUUUUUUUGGAAAUUGCAAUGGUUAUGAUUUAUUGGUAACUGUACUUUGUGUCAUACUAAUUAAAGUGAUUAACAAAUCAGAUGCCCACAUAGAGGACAUCCAAUUUUAUUAAUCACUCGUAUGAUUACAGAAUGAAUUGGACUCCACUCAGUCACACAACCAUUAUUAUUACAUACUAUUGUUAAGUAAACAAUGUGUUAACUUCAGAAUGAAGAUCAUAGGCCAACAGAGAAGGGAGAUGCAUGACAUUCAGGACAUCAUGUUUGCAAUGGAGGAAGAGUGGAAUGAACUGGAAAAUGAGGCUAAGCAAGAUUUUCAAAGUCUUAGAGAUGAAAUAAAAAACAAAGUAAUGCAUUACAUGUACUAUUAAUUAACUUCUAUUUGCAUGUUGGCAUACCUUAGCAUAUUUUUCAUUUAAUGCAUAAAUCAGAUUACCUUGAUCUGAUGUGAACGGUCAAUACCACUAUACAUGUAUUAGUAUAUAAAAUAUUAAGCAUACCCUAUUGCUACUUUUGUUUGAAAUGAUUUAAAAGCUGUGUAGAAUAAUUAUUCUGGUCUUGGUUUGCUAGAACCUGGAGGAGAAACAUGCUCUGAGAAUACAACUGGAAGGAACAGUGGAGGAUUUAUGGAGACAAUUUCAACAGGUAAGUUUAUAAUUAUUUCAUCUUACCUCGAGUACAAUUGAUUGACAAAUGUAAAGAAAACUUUCUUGGUCAUAUCCAUUUUGUAACCAGUUUGAAGUGUGUUCAUGUUUUUCUUUGCUACUUUCUUGACUGUAACCUGUUCACAAAAGGUUUUUUCUCUUGAAUAAUAUCACAGAGAACAAGCAAAUUUUAAAAGAGCUGUGGCUUCUCUCCAUUUGGAGCACUUACACUCUCUGUUUCCCCUUGCAUACUUAUUUACUAGCACCAAAAACAAAAACAAAGAAAAACAUGGAUGUUAACAUAUUGUGUCUAUUGAAAAUUGUAUGUACCUAGAUCUUAUGUGAGCUUUUUUGUUUUAAAGGCACUCAAGAAUUACAAUGAAACAACAGAGGAGAGAAAAUUGGCUUUUGAAAAUCUCAAAGCUAAAGAUGAGAAGAGUUCUUAUGAAAUAGAAACCCAAAUGAGAAAACUGCAAAGAAUACAGGUGAUUAAUAAUAUAUUAUCUUGCCGUAAAAAUUUGAUGGCCUCAUGCUUGAAUAUCUGCACAUUUCCACAAACUAUACACUUCAAACCUGACAUUUGCCUUUCAGGACAACAUUUCUCAGCUUAAAAGUAAAAUGGCAACAAAUGCUAAAGAAUGCGAUGAAAGGAACAGACUCAUAAAAGAGGUGAGUCUAAAAAAGAGCCUCGGGUACCUUGUUUUAUUACCUAAUUUGUGGGAAUAACUUGUCAGUGUAGCUGCAUAAACAGAGGAGCACUUCAGCUGUAGACCGAAACCAUGAUUGAAACCAUGAUAAUAAUUAUCUUUUUUUUCCAUUUUUGCCCAAAUAUUCAAAAACUGCGCUGCUCUACAAUGAGGAUCAACUUGAUAACAUGGUUUAAGUCUUGCAGCUUAUACAUCUAUAUUUAAACCUUGGAUUAAUAGUUUGUAAAAAUUCUUAUCUUUUCCAAGCAAAGAGAAGUAGUUGCUACUCAGUUCCAUGAACUCAAAGCAGAAAUGAACAAAAUGAGGGAUUCAGAAAGGUUUGUAUUCUUUCCAGUGUGUGCAAUAAUAAUUUAUAAGUGGUGCUUGACAUAAAUAGGGAGUCAAGUAUACACAAGAUAAAGAUAUCAAAAUGUGAAUGCAACUAUGAAAUUGGCAGUUUGGCUGAGAAUUGCAGAAGGAAGGAAUUGUAACUUACACUUCUGCCGCCCUUCUUUCAGGCUUACUCACCUUUGAUUUAAAUGAGCACCCAAAAGCUGGCCAAUUUCAUCAGGGAUACCAAUAUGAGCCCUAGAUAUGGGUUGAUUUUAACCCUUUACACCCUAACAUCAGUAUGCAUAUUCUCCAUACUGUUCUCUAUACAUUUCCUAAGGUGCUGACCAGGAGAAUUUGGUCAUCAAUCGAGAUCUUUUUUAGUUGGUGAUCAUUUCCUUUAUUCUCAUGACUUUGAUGUCUGAUUCAAGGGUGAUAUCGUAAGGAGAAAUAAGUUGCUAAUCACUCUUAAUGGUCAAAGGGUAAAAGAGGCAAUGUAGGGUGAAAAACCCAGAUUCAGAUCACGAUGUAGGCUUGGCUAAAAGCUUGGUAAUUGAGUUCUUCUAAAUUUGUUCCGUUUUUCCCGUAGAUCACGUUUGACCCAGCUGACACUUCAAAGCAAUGCAGCCAUAAAAGAACUUACAAAGACCAAAGAAAGGGUAAAUAUCUUACCUUUUUAUAAGGGGGGGGGGGAAGGGGGUUGAGAGCCCUUUUUGGGUCUUGAGACAUUGCUGAUCCUGGCAGUUGGUAUUUCUUUUUUACUCAUGUAAGUUCCAAAUUUGCCAUGUAUAUCAAGUUCUGUUUGCUCAUACGAUGCUUUCGAUAUCGGUGAUCCUUGAUGUUUGUCACAGAUGAAACUAGUAAUCACUUAAGUCACUCAAUCGUCUCUUAAGCUCCGUGACAGAGUAUCGGAGCGCGGAAUCUAAAAGUCUUGGGUUCGACUCCUCAUGGAAACUUGUCCCAAGCUCAUAACAACACAAACAGCGUCUUUCUUUCCUUCGCCAUCUUUCUUUUUGUAGUAUAAAUUUAAUUAAAACUGGCGAAUACCCGAUGAGUCUUAAAUUUAACUGUUUAGAAUACACAUUAAAGUCCCCUUCACGUUUCUAGGGUGAAUUUAUCCUAAAGCUGGCUGAAAUGUGCCGGAAACUGGAAACAGAGGCCGAGAAGGUGUUGCCUUUCUAUGUGUCGUCACUGUUACCUGAAGAGGAAGAUGACGUGGCCGCUGCUAUGCAGGAAGCACCCUCUGAACCACUUGCCGAGGUAACAAAAUACGCAGUUUGAACGUUCAUCUGUCCCAUUGAUCAAUUGUUGUUUAAAAAAAAAGUUAGGCUUGUAGAAUGGCCAAUCAGAAGAACAAACUCAAACGUAAAUACAGGCACACUUCCUCAAACGCGGGAAAACGUGGGUGACCAAGUCGUGAUGGUUUUUUUUUUAAUUUUGCGUCUGAUUGAUUGAGAGGGUCGCGCGAGUUUUUUUAGACCUAUCACAGAGCAGAGUGUAGCAAAACCAAUGUAAAUCUAGAUUACUUAUUAAUAACUAGAUUCACAUUUAUCGUGUGUUUUUCAGUCCAAGAUAUUAGAUUAUGUCAAAACGUGGUGAGAACAAAACGGAGGCACGUGAGCCACUGGGGAUUGUGUCACGGUUGUUUUAUCGCAUUUGGACGGUGCCCAUUUAAUAACGGCAAAAUUAAAAUGAGUGGCUCUCUUCUGUUUAAGUGCUAACUAUAUUGAAUGAUUCUUUAUCAGAUUCUACAUGAGUAUUCUGCAUUAGAGAACUUUUGGAAGAGGUACAACAAGGUAAGAAAUUGAUCAGCCCAAAAAGGGCCCUAGGCUGGAAUCAAAAGCCAAGCAGUACCUAGAGUGCUUUUUUAUAAGGUGUCGGUGAACCAAUACGAAAGCAAUUCCCAUAGUGAAUCAUAGUAAGAGAGAAUAAUGAAGUGCUUUUCGAUUACGUGUCGUUAAACCAAAACCAAAGUAAUAACGACAACCAAUCAGAAGAAAGGAAGAUACCUUAAAGAGCCAAUCAGAACUCAAAGUUAAAACAAAAACGCGGGCGACCAGGUCUUGAUUAAUCUUAGUUUUGAAUCUCAUUGGCGGAGUUAGUGACGCAAGCCCCGGGCGCAAUUUUACGAACCUGGUCAGAGCGAAGAAAAGCAAACUCAAUGCAAUGUCGGAUUGCCUUUGACACUCAGUUGAAAAUUUCUUUGAAGCGCAGGACAACGCGGCACACCGAGUCGGGAUUGGUGAAGUUUUGUUUCUGAUUGGUUGAAGAUAGCGCGAAUUUUCAGGAACUGCUGAGAAAAUUACAACCAAUGCAAUCUCAGAUUAUUUUGGAUACAAAUGAAAAUUGUACUAAUGUUUGAAAUUAGAGGUUGAAUUUGUUGCAGUAUCAGUUACUUAUCAUCAGUCAUGUUAUUUUUAGGUUUUACUUGAUAAGUUAGCUCUUGAUAAAGAGAAGCACACCCUUCUCCAAGAAAAUCAGCAACUCAGGGCUGUCCUCAAACAGUACUUAGAUGGUGAGUGUUUGUCUUUGAAAAAGCUCUAAUUUUGCGUUUGAUCCAGAAGUAUCAACAUGCUAAGUUGUCGAGAGCACGCUGGUUCUCACGCAAUCCUAUCUUGUACAAAUAUUGAGAGUAAACUCUUGAUAUUUUAUUCAGGGACCUAGUUUACAGAGUUAGAAAUCUAUUCCUAUUUUCACAUAUAUAGAUCAUGGACCGUGUAUUGAUAUGGGCGUUUUGUCUUCAUUUUCAGGAAUUUCCGUGAACGACGAGAUACUUAGUCAAUACAACCCGCUUUUUAUUGUCAAUAGCAAAACCAACGUCAGGUAUGUUUUUGUUUUUUUGUGUGGGUGGCAUUAAAUCAUACCAAAGUAAACGGAAGAAAACGUAUUUUGGAUGAAUGUUUUCGACUUAGGCCAAAGAAAUCCCAAGGGUCAAUCACGAGAUAGGAAAAUAUGGCAAGCGGCCAAUGAGAACUCUGGUAUGAGUCGCGGCUGGAUUUAGUUUUGCAUCUGAUCGGUUGAACGGGUGGUACGAUUUUCUUCGACCAAUCAUAGGGCAGAGGAAAACCAAUAAAUUUCCAGGCUAUUUCUAACAAAGCAUUGAAAUUGCAGUAAUCCGCUCUCUUUUACAGGCUGGCCAUACCGGUAACUGACCCCCGCAUCAAAAGAUCAGGCCCUACUGUGGUGGAAGCGGCCCAUGUCGUUAAGCAUUCCAUGUAAAUCUUCAUG